AUGGGCAUGCCGGCUAUUCCCGCCGGCGCCUUCAUGGAUCGCAACUCGCUCCUCACCGUCACUUGCCCGAGCAGCGUCGAGUUCGUCGGCAGCAGGGCCUUCUUCACCUGCAAGUCGCUCAUCUCCGUCACCUUUGCGCACGGCCUCAUCGCCGUCAACAGCGCCGCCUUUUACGCCUGCCGCUCCCUCAAGUAUGUGUCUCUCCCGGACACCCUCGCCAUCCUCGGGCCCGGUGCCUUUGAGUAUACAGCCUUCACCUCUCGCCCCGCCUCGCAGGUGAUCCGCCUCCCGCCCGCAAAGAUGCGCGCGCAGCAGCUCUGGGACGGCGUGAUCGACGAGGCGGUCGCGUACAAGCGCUGCCGCCCCCUCUUCUACAGCUGGCUCGAGCGCGCCCAGCUCCGGCUCAACUCCUACGGGGAGGGGGGCGCGGCGCGCAAGCGCGACCGCGAGGAGUUCGAGGGCGACUUUGCGCACCUCGUAUGA